AUGGCGCCAGGGGCUAUGAAAAAAUUCGACCAUUUCCUGGCCGACUUAAAAUACAUCGCCCCAGACGAUUCCCAUGUCUCCAUUGAGAAUUUUAUCGGCUACGCCUCCGUGCCGCUUGGAUUGGCGGGACCUCUGCGCGUUCACGGACUGGAUGGGGCUCCUGAAGACGCCUAUGCUCCCAUGGCCACGACCGAAGCUGCCAUUAUCGCCAGUUGCUGUAGGGGAUGCAAAGCACUGAACUCGUCUGGCGGCAUCCACUUUUCUAGUCUAGGUCAAGUCAUGUCCAGAAGUCCGGUGUUCCAGUUCGAUUCGCCUCGCGAGGCGAUCCAGUUUAGUCGCAGACUUCCUGAAUUCAAGGAUGCUCUGGCCAGAUCUGCUGAAGCAACUAGCCGUCAUGCCCGCUUACAGGACCUGACAAGCUAUAUCACCGGCUCUGAUGUGUAUGUGCGCUUCAGCUUCACGUGCGGUGAUGCAGCGGGGCAGAAUAUGGUUACAAUUGCUACGCAACAUGCUUGUGAUUGGCUACGAACCACGUUUGCUCCAGAACUCAAAAUCAGAAAUUUCCUUAUUGAAGGAAACAUGGCACCGGAUAAGAAACCGUCGUGGGGCGCUGUCGUGGCACCCAGGGGAGUGGAAGUCGUCUCAUGGGCGGUACUAUCCGAUGCUGCCUGUCAAAAAGUCCUUGGCUGCACGGCAGAGCGACUCUACAAGACCCAUCGCCUCUUCCAAGAAGGUGGUAUUCGAAACGGCCAAUUCGGAUCUAAUGUCAACACGGCCAACGUCGUUACCGCAAUUUUUAUAGCAACCGGACAGGAUGUUGCUAGUGUUGCCGAAGGAGCUUGGGCUCAUCUCAUUUGUGAUUACGACUAUACUUCGAAGUCACUGAAGAUCAGUCUGUACAUGCCUUCGCUCGCAGUCGGUACGGUUGGUGGCGGAACAGGGUAUGCAACGCAGCAGGAAGCAUUGCGUAUCAUGAACUGCACGGGUCCUAAUAGCAAAUCCCGAUUAGCGGGCCUCAUUUCCGCAUUCGCUAUUGCACUGGAAAUUAGUACGAUAGCCGCAGGUGCCAGUGAUACCUUUUCUGCAAGUCAUCAGAAGCUUGCUCGGAAGAACAAGAUUUAG